CGCCUCCAGCUCCUACAUUCUUUCUUGACAAUUUUCGGGAUUGCGCAGCAGCUCAUGCUUUCCAUCAGAUGUGACAACGUCCUUACAACGAACACCGACGGACGGAAAUUUCAGCCGUUGAGGACAUAUAAUAGAGCUCGUCGAAAGUCCGGCAGAGCAGCAUCGUUCUCUCUCAGUCACAUUUUCACUCUCAAAGAUGAAAUUACAACUCGCUUUCGCCUCUUUGCUACCUUUUGUCGCCGCUGCCGUCAUCCAAGGCGGCCAGCCUGCUGGAGGUAUCGUGAUCAACACCUCAGCCCAGCUUACUCAGUGCAAGGCCUUGAAGGUCACUUGGUCUGGCGGAAAAGCUCCCUACACCGUUACUGCCAACGGUCAGUCUCUCGGUGAAAAUAUCCAGGACACUUCUGUUAACUGGAAUACCGACGUGGCUUCCGGAACGAGCGUCACAUUCACCGUCAAGGACAGUACCGGUGCUCAAGGCUCUUCUGCACCGGCCAACGUCCAGAGCUCUUCUGAUAGUGCGGGUCUGCAGUCGGCCGGCCACAAGCGUGAUGAUGCCAAGCAGCCUCUUCCCGAGUCGACGGGUGUCCCUCCCGCACCGCCUGGUGGACCGCACCCUAAGCGUGAGGAUGAGGCGCAUCCUUCCCCGCAUCCCAAACGUGCGGAUGAGGGCAAGCAGCCCGCGCCUCCUCCCAAGUCAACAGGUGGCCCUCUGCCGCCGCCGCCCUCUAGCAGUCCUCCCCCCAAGCGGGACGAUGAGCACAAGCAGCCUCCCCCUCCCCCGCCGUCCGGUGUCCCGCACCCCAAGCGUGAGGACGAGGGCAAGCAGCCUCCCCCGAAGAGCUCUCCUCAUCCCCCUCCACCGCCGUCUGGAGAUCCUCACCCCAAGCGUGACGAUGAGGGCAAGCAGCCUCCUCCUCCGAAGUCGACGGGUCUCCCUCCCCCACCUGGUGGCCCUCACCCCAAGCGUGACGACGAGCACAAGCAGUCUCCUCCCCCACCGCCGUCCAGUGUCCCACAUCCCAAGCGCGAGGAGGAGGGCAAUCAGCCUCCUCCGAAGUCAAGUGGCGUCCCUCCGCCGCCGUCCUCCGGGGCUCCCCACUCCAAGCGCGGGGACGAGGGUAAGCAGCAGCCCCCUCCCCCGCCACCCUCCGGUGUCCCUCACCCCAAGCGUGAGGAUGCGGCAAAGCAGCCUCCCCCUCCCCCCAAGAGCUCGACCAUUCCUCCUCUCCCUAAGUCCUCGGCCCCCGGAGGCGGUCAUGCUUAA